CUGACGUAUAAAUUCUCCAAUCGAUUCCCAGAACGGGACAAUCGAUAGCUGGUCGCCCUCUAGAUCUAACAGAAUUGUCAGCAACAGUUAUGGCGAGAAGUUUACCUCCGAUUUCUUUGUGCUUCUGUAUCGUAUCGUUCUUUAUUUUAUUGUCCAAAGGAGCCAAUGAAUACACACUGACGUCUUAUAAUCAAAGAGCCUGUGUACAUGGAGAUAGGACAGACAAUGACAAGUGUGUAUGUAAACCGUGCUGGACAGGCGAUUCAUGCGAUGUUCCACGAAAUCAAUACACACCUAAAUUCAGCAAAGAUGAGUAUUACGCUUCAGUGUCAGACCUGAGUAGUGUAUUCUUUGAACCUGAUCAGGAAAUGGUUGUAUGCCAACACGCAGACAAAUGUGCUUGUGCCGAGGUCUCGUUUUCGGUUUUGACUGGAAAUGAAGAUGGUUUGUUUACUAUUGAUCCCCUAACUGGUGCCCUAUCGAUCAGUCAAGGAGCUGUCCCAAAGAAAAAUCGAUAUGUAAUCACUGUCAAAGUCACAAAUCAAUUAAUCAGCAACAAUAUCAAACAGCCAGAAUCCAUAGCUUCAGUUAUUAUAGUUUUUCCUGGAUUUCAAAGUGGGAUAGAAAACCAUCAUCACAUUGAAAAAAGGGCCACCACAAGCGUCGUAGGAAAUGUAACAUUUGAUUUAACUAAGAAAUACCCUUACAAUGAGACCACCGAGAUGAAGGUCGGAAGCCGUGUGAGGUUUCAGUUGAUCAUUACCUUCCCAAUCGAGGACACCGACAUGUUAGUGGAACUCUUCACUCCGGACAAUGAGACCACCGUCAUGAUUCUGUGUGACGUUAACGUCACAAACGUUGGAAGCAGUCUUACUUACAAUGGAAGCAAGAUUCCAACAAUGGACGCCAGAGAAACGGGAUCUGUGAUGUACGACAGAGCCAUUAUAAAUUUUGGAGUGGUCCAAAACUCAGGAUGUGCUACCGCUGACGAAUGCAGCAUUUAUAUUGAAUACGAAGCUAUCCUCUUAGAAAAUCCUUCCACCAAUGCGGGGGAAGUUUAUUGGGUUAGCGCAGGCGCUGAGUACAAUAAUGAAAAUGAGGUUUGGGUUGGACAAGCCUCCUUUGUGGCUUUCCCAAACGACACAGUGGUCACUGAAAAUCCAACCGUCAAUUUUACCGGUCCUAGUUCCUUAUCAGUAGGAUCUGCCGGCGUGUUUCAAGUAGACCUACUUCUUCCCAAUCCCUCCACUACACUUAGCUUCGAUGCCUUCGCUCCUAUCAACACCUCUUCAGUUAUGUCAAUAUGCAGCGCCAAAUUAAAAUACCUAUCAGACAACUUCAAAUGUGGCUUUGAUGAAAAGGCUAUUUCAGCGCAGUACUAUCCAGACCAGACAGGCAUUGGAAAUUCCAUGGGACAUUUGUCUCUAGGAACUGUGAUAAACAAAGGGUCAAGAGAUGCAGCAAACAGAAUGGAAAAUAAUCUUAUAUCGGUAGAAUUUGUAGCCCACAUGUACAACGACCCUAGCUUUGUUGGCACAAAUUACAUGGUUGGAGCAGCUUUUGAGAUUGGGACUGCCCAGAUUUGGGCCGGUCAGAUGCAGGUUACAGCAAGUACAGAGGUGGACGCGUCAACCAUGGCAAGUCCAAUAUUAGAGUUCAAUCCACCUAGCGGACAAAACGUUGCGAUGGGUGACGCAAUCACUCUGCUUCUGGAGGUGCAAAUCCCACAGGCUACCACAACAUCCUACAAUUUAGAAAUUAAAGCACCUUUUUCUACAACUGCCAUAUUUAAGGUGUGCACAGUAGAAAUUAAAACUAUCGGAGAAAACAUGCCCUGUGUCCACAAAGAGGAUAAGAAAACUGUGUACUCUUCACGGGACAGUGGUGCCUUAGAACCAGACACGGGUACCAUGAAUUUGGGAGGAAUAACGAACCUUAAUAUAAACUCUACAGCAGAUGCUAGUACCAUCACUUUCGAGAUCGUUGUUGCACCUUUAAAUCAUUCAGCUGCCACUGACAUGUCAUCACACACCGUGGAAGCUACUUUAACUUACGCAGGGUCGUCAACCGUUGUUCAGUCAACAUCCAUUCUUAUAUCGGGCACAUCAGUUUUGGUUACCAGUGUAUCUAAUACGACAUCCCCUUCGUUUGACAUGAAAUACCUGUUCGGCACAGAGUACGUGGAGGUUGGAACAGCAACCCGCGCUCAGCUAGAGAUCACCACGAACAGGAGCGUAUCGUACCCUAUGAUGAACAUGGAAUUUAUCAUGCCUUUGGGAAACACGUCCACCAAACUCUCAAUCUGCAGAGCCCGGAUGUUGUCUGCUGGUAGGAACCUUCCCUGUGUGUCACCAGAAUGGAUUAACACACAAGUUACAUACCAAUCACAAUAUAACGAGACAGUCAACGACCAAGCUCUAAUGUAUUUGAGUACGGUCUGUAACUAUGAGCGGGUAGAUAACGUCACUGAUGAUGUCAUCACCAUCAUUUUGGACGUCAAAGUUGAAGACAAUCCGGAGUUGAUAACAGGAGUCAAAGAAUGGAUAAGUGCAGGGAAUCAGUACUCGGACACCAAAAUAUGGGUCGGACAGUUGGCUCUUUAUCCUCAAAGGAGUGGAACAAUUAUUCCGGCCACAAACCCGUACAUUAACUUAAUCAGAAAUACAACGUUAUCCAGUGUUCCUAUUGGCUACCCAUCUGUCUAUACAGCUUUGAUUAAAAUAGCACCAGAAGAGAGCGCCAAAGUCAAAGUCUCGGUUACAUUGGGGAGCACUGUCUUAAGUAUAUGUGGCAUGCGGAUAAAAGACAUUGGCGAUAACUAUCCAUGUAUGGAUAAAAAUGUCACCACCUCCUUUAGUGGAGCUUCUGGCUUCAUCGACAUUGGCAUUAUCACAAACACAGGGUCCGAUGCCAUGGUGAUGAAUGAUUUCUAUGACAGUAACACCAUAUUGGUUGAGUUAUUAAUUCAGCUGGCAGACGAUACGACCACGGUAACAAAUGGCGGAAGCUAUACGUUUGAUGUUGAGGUGGAGUAUGGGAGUGAUGGGCGUAAGCAAAGCUUCCCUUCCCAGACCAUCAUAGCCUCCCACGACAAGACUCUGGUCAACUUUACUUCGGUUCACAACAGAACGACUAACACAUUCUACACUGAGAAUAUUGGAAGUAAUAACACAGACUUGAACAUUGUGAAAGGGGAAUCUAAGCGAUUCAUCCUGGACAUGGUAUUCCCAGAAGGAGAAAUUCAAGACGUGACCGUCAAGUUUAUGACUUCCGUCGCUGGUGCAAAUCAGAAUAUGAUGGAGUUGUGCGGUUCCGGACUAACCUUUGUCGGUGAUAACUUCCCUUGUCUCGAUAAGACAACUGUGAAUCCUGUCUAUACUAAAAGAGUUGGAUCUUUAGUUAAAGACACGGCGACUUUACAGCUCGGAUUCAUAUGUUCCUCCGGGGUUAACAGUGGGGAUAACGAAGCAAACAAGCUUCGUUUGGAGGCCGUGGCAAGGUUACUGCCCUCAUCUACGUUGUCUGCUGGGAGUACUAUUCCAUUCCAUGUGGCGGUUAACACCAAUGAUGUUGAAAUUUACGUGGGACAGAUAGAAUUAACUGUAUCAGACACGCCCACCGUCACAAACACUGCGACGAAUAUUGUUAAUACGUCACUAUUGUACCUCAACUCUAGCAGCGACCCCUUGCCACUCAAUAUAGGCAUUGUCACCACCCUGCCUGUCGUUUUGUAUGUGCCACCAGACACAAUGUCCAAGGUUCUCUUUGAUAUAGAGCUCCCAGUCUACUCUGCUGUGUCUCUGGGAUCUAUAGAGGAUAUCAGGGUUUCUUCUAGUGGGAGCAACAUCCAGUGUGUCUAUGAGGAUGAGGCCUUAUCCCUGAAAUACGAGCGUAGAUACAAUAGUACAACAAAUAAUUGUCAGCAAAAUCACGGAGAAUUGGAUAUGGGCACCGUUACUAAUUCAGGAAUAUCCCAAAAAGUAGGCAAGUAUAUAGACACAGAUGACGUCAUACAGAUUGAAGUAGAUAUCCGUAUAAAUGAUAACGUCCCUGGCACAGCAGGUCCUGAAUUUCCGAUAAGUCUAGGUGCAAAAGUAGCAGAUUAUAUCGUUAUAUAUGAGAAAAAUGUAACCAUAACGAGAACAGGAAAUGAGAGUCCUAACCUGGAAAUAACUGCCUCCUUUAACACUGCCUUAUCCACAUCCUCCUCGAUGGUCAUUGAUGCUAUUUUAAAACACACUAAUUAUACGUCUGCGACAGCUAUCAAUGCCACAGUGUUCUUUUAUUUGCCCCCGUAUCUGGAAUACAAGCAGAUUCAAAGUAAUGCUACUCAUAACAGUCCACUGGCAUCUGAAGGAACGGUAGAAGUACAGUUCAAUGAUUUGACAAUGUGUGAGGUUGUCAACAUACAGUUGACGUUGGAACCCAAUCAAACGAUCACCGUCCCUCUUGAUAUAUUGACGGAGAACACGUUGAUUGCAUAUGAAGCAAACGCUUACAUGAUUUAUAACCCAGCAAGCAUAUACCCCAGCGAUAAAUAUUUUGACACACCGCUUCAAUACUUGAACUUCAGUGUAACGGUCACCAAGGCUGGAGUUUGUGAUGAACCAUUGGGUAUGGCUAGCGGACACAUAGAUGACUGUCAGUUGGAUGGAUCUAUUGAAAAUGUGUUGUUAAUUUUUUUUUUACUACCCACACAUUCAAUUCUUCUUAAAAUGUCAUCAUUUAAAGGAUAUAAACACAAAUCUGUGUUUUAAACUAUUUUUAUAGCAUGGAGACCCUUCUCAAGAGGUCCCACAUUUUCCAAAUAUCGGUACUUCCAAGUUUUCUUUGGAAACAAGACUUUGGUGAACAAGAUAACAAUUCAGAAAGGUACAGGAUACACCCAUCAUCCCACCCAGCUGUCACUCAAAUACAGCAAUGACGGAUACUCCUGGCAAACGGCAGAAAAGGUGACGGUUGCAGCGCCAUUUACAGAGACUACUGUCUUCCCACAGAGACAGACCCAGGCCCGCUAUAUGCGGGUCUAUAUUGAUAAAGAUGACACUGUCAAUGGAUUUCCCCCAGAUAUUGGACUCAAAUUCGAGUUCUAUGGCUGCUAUCUCAGUGGCGAAUUUACCACCACUAACAUUUGCAGUCAGGCACCCAACAAUAUAUCUCCAAAUGAUUUCUACUUUCGGAGCUUCCAUGCUCUAAGUGACAAAGUUUUAAUGUGCGAUAUAAAUCCAAACGACAGGGACCUGAGACAACAUUGUCAUUACUCCAUGGAUGGAAAUACAUGGGCGGCAAUGGAUAGACGUGUGGCCAGUCUUCUAGGACACGAGUCCUCGGGAAAUCUCUUCUUUGCUUAUGGUAACGAUCAGAGGUCCACUCUAAUGAGUAAAGAUGGUGGGAUCACGUGGGAUAAUGUACCACGUGACUACUACAUAGACACGAGAUCAAAAGUUACGUUUAUUCCGUCCAAAAAUGUCCCGAUGCAGGUGACUAACCUUGCAGUAGCCGAACCCCACAUGAGUUAUCAAUUCGGAAUCUGGGGAGUGACCUUUGAGGGGAUGUGGAAGAAUUCUGCUGGUGUGUGGAGUAAAGUUGUAGAAUGGGACAUGUGCUGUUAAUGAUUAGAGAAUUAUGAUACUCUUUAAACCAUAAUUUAACUGAUAUUUGUUAAAUGUAUUUGUCACGUUGUAAUUGUUUAUUUUAAAUAUGCUGUCGUAUUUGCCUUUUUUAUAUGAUAUAGUUUUCAAAAAUUCUGUUAUUUUAAUCAGUGAUAACAAAAUCAACGUAAACUGAUCUCCUCUGUUGUGAAGAAAUAAAUGAAUAAAUAUGAUUUAACAUUGAUUGAAUGUUAUUUAGGAUUGACAUCACUAUUAUCCGAGAUUGCCCGUCAUCAUUACAAUUGAGCUGUCGAUUAUCUGCUCCGAUUUAUUUUAUACCUAUAUAUCUAAAUUGAAUGUAUGAACCUUUGUAAUUGUAAACUUGACCCUUAUGUCAAGUAUAAUUUCUAGUUGAUACGUUUAACUGAUGCCGUCCACAACAAUGCUGUUGAUAACUGACUUUCUUGUAAAUCUUAAGGAUUUUAUUUUUCUAACAAGGGUCAAGAAAUACCCGCAUUUAUCAUUUUGAUAUUAUAUAUAUUUUAUCUUUUAUAUCAAUAGAA